CCUUUCUUCUUCCUCGUUUUCCACGCUCUUUCGAUCGACAACCACGGAAAUCCAGAAACCCUUGGAUCCAUGGCGCUGGAGUGGGUGGUGCUCGGCUAUGCCGCGGCGGCGGAGGCGAUUAUGCUCCUCCUCAUCACCCUCCCCAUCCUCGGCGCUCUUCGCAAGGGCUUGAUCGCCGUCGUCCGUUCUGCUCUCAGGCCGAUGCUCUCAAUCGUCCCCUUCUGCCUCUUCUUGCUCAUGGAUAUCUACUGGAAGUACGAGACCCGGCCGACGUGCGAUCAGGAGCACGCCUGCACGCCGACCGAGCACCUGCGGCACCAGAAAUCGAUCAUGAAGAGCCAGCGCAACGCUCUUCUCAUCGCCUCCGCCCUCGUCCUCUACUGGCUCCUCUUCGCCGUCACCAACCUUGUUGUCAAGGUCGAGCAGCUCAAUCAGCGGAUCGAGAAGCUCAAACGGGAGGACUGAUCUCGUCCCCAUAUCAGGCUCGCCUCCUUCCUUCCUCUCUUGUUUCGAUUGCUACUUUUCUGAUAAUGUUGCUUUAAUCUAUAGGGCUUUUCUUGCCCCUUUUUGUUUUAGUGUUUCUCUUGGCGUUUGAUCGAUGUAUGGAUUUUGAUUUGAAUACUCUUGUCACUAUAUGCAUAUUUCUUCUUCUUGUUGUUCUUA